AUGCAAGUCCUCAGCGCACAAAUAAAGUGCUCAGAGACUGUCAUAGCUGUUAGAACCUUCCCCCCUCGCACCAGCCCCGUCAUUGUCCACCCUGGCCUUGACCCCGACCUCUCCGUGCCGCCCCACAACCUCUCCGACCACAUCCUGGGCCCCGCUCGUCGGCUGGAUAGUCAUGGCCCCACUCUCAAGCGCUUCCAGCCCGUAUGGAUCACCCAAUCCCCGCUCAGCUGCCGGCUCUCGCCCGAAACCGAGGCGCUUAUUUGGAUGCGGUUCCUGGACGGAGCCGGCAGGACGAAAGGCACGCUCAAGGUGAUGAUUGCGCUGAAUCUGCAUUCGUCGCAGCAGGUGCUGCCGGUGAUCACCAAUCCGAUCCUGACCUCGCUGCGAUACCUGGGGGCUGAGAACGUGUAUGUGUUGGAGGAGACGAUCUGGAUGGGUGUGGACCGGAUCAAGCUGCUCUUGGAGUACCGCAACCAGGCGCUGUUGGCCUUCGACAAUGCUGACCGGGCCCUUGACGGGCUCUCCAACCUGGUCUUCAUCGACGACGUCUUCCUCUGUGCCCAGGACAUCCUUGAGCUGCUCUGGCAACGUCACUUCCAGGGGGCGGACUCGGCGUGCGGGACCGACUGGUGGGAGGCCAAGACGCUACGGGAACAGUACGGCUCGCAGACCCCUCGCCACCCGAUGACGCCCGCUUGCAUUCGGCGGUCUUCUACGACUCGCAAGACGCUGCGCCCUCGGCUGCAGAUCCUGACGGAGUACAAGGACGGCUACGCGGCAAUCUGCGGGGCCAAGGAGUCGAAGGUCUUCCAGGCCCGCUUCCACAACGUACUCCCCGUGCCCGUGUAUUUAUGCUGGAACGACAUCGUCGCCCUGGCCCCAGCGCCCUUCCGGGGCCCAAAGGGACUCACCUUCCGCGCCGCCGACCGCCUCACUAACGAGUGCUGCAAUAAAUGCCUCCUCGUCCCUAAUGUCGCCGUCACCUACACCCGCAUCAUCUACUAUGCUGACGGCGUUGUCCGCAGCUCCAAUUGCGACAACUGCCCCACGUCCCGUCGACCCUUCCAUGGGGCCCCUGAUAGCCAAUUCUUGGUCGAGAAAAUUGACUGGAGCAGCUACCCCAAGCCUGAAAUUGUCGACCCAACCCCACCCACCCACCUUUCAUGUGAUGCAACCUCUUCCUCAUCCCUCUCAGUAGAACUCGAUAGACCCGACUGUGUGCAAUGGCCCUGGACUUAUGUAUAA